UAGUUUUAGUUUGGCCUAAUUUUGAAUAAAUAACACUCUCCUCUCUUUUUUCUCCCUCUCAAUUUGAUCACUAUUUUUUCACUCUUCUCUCUCUCUCUCUAUGUUUUUUCUUGAAUCACUUCAGCAUCUUCAUCCUCAAAGAAAAUUUAGAGAAAAAAACAAAAAACUGUACAAAAUCCCACUUUAUUUUCCCUUUGAUUUGAUGGUUUCACAGAUCUAAACAACCCCUUUCACUUUCAGAUCUUCAAAUUGUUAUGCACUUAUAGAUUUACAACGAAUGCAAAGUUGAGAUUUUUAAGAGCAAAAGUGGAACUGAGUCCUGUUAGAUGUGGAGAAAUUGGAGGGUCUUUUGGAUGAGAUGAGGUAUGAUAUCUGGUUUGAUGAAUAUCUUAAGGGCUUGUUUUCAGCCAAGGGCAGAUGGACAUGUUCAUACAAGUUCAGAUGCCGCCGGUCGCCAAGAUGGUCUCUUAUGGUAUAAGGAUACAGGGCAACAUGUAAAUGGAGAGUUUUCAAUGGCUGUAGUUCAAGCUAAUAAUCUACUUGAAGAUCAGUGCCAAAUUGAAUCAGGGUGCUUGAGUUUGCAGGAUUCUGGUCCAUAUGGUACCUUUGUUGGAAUUUAUGAUGGGCACGGGGGCCCUGAAACUUCAAGGUUCAUCAAUGAACACCUCUUUCAAAAUCUCAAGAGGUUCACAUCUGAGCACCAAUCUAUGUCUGUUGAGGUGAUUAAGAAAGCAUUUCAAGCAACAGAAGACGGUUUCCUCUCUGUUGUGACUAGACAAUGGCCCACGAAACCGCAGAUUGCUGCAGUUGGAUCAUGCUGUCUUGUUGGAGUUAUCUGCAGUGGAACCUUAUAUAUAGCCAACCUUGGCGACUCAAGGGCAGUCUUAGGGAGACUUGUCAAGUCUACUGGAGAGGUUCUCUCGAUUCAGCUCUCUGCAGAACACAAUGUGAGCAUUGAAUCUGGAAGACAAGAGUUGCAAACUUUGCAUCCAAAUGACUCACAAAUUGUAGUUUUAAAGCACAAUGUCUGGCGCGUGAAGGGGCUUAUACAGAUUUCAAGAUCCAUUGGUGAUGUGUAUUUAAAAAAAACUGAAUUCAACAGGGAGCCAUUAUAUGCAAAGUUUCGUCUUCGAGAACCAUUUGUCAAGCCCAUAUUGAGCUCCGAUCCAACAAUCUCAGUGCACCAUUUGCAACCUGAUGACCAGUUUGUCAUAUUUGCAUCAGAUGGUCUUUGGGAGCAUCUAACUAACCAAGGAGCAGUAGACAUUGUACAAAAUCACCCACGCAAUGGAAUUGCUAGAAGGUUAGUGAAAACUGCACUACAAGAAGCAGCAAAGAAAAGAGAAAUGAGGUAUUCAGACUUGAAGAAAAUUGAUCGUGGAGUUCGUCGACAUUUCCACGACGACAUCUCAGUGGCGGUUGUUUUCCUGGACUCGAAUCUCGUGAGCCAGGCUAGCUCAGUCAAAAGUCCUAAUAUAUCUGUAAAAGGAGGUGGCAUUAGUUUGCCAACAAAAACUACCCCAACAUAAGCUGGUUGGUGCAACUUUAUGAAGCUGUUGCAGAUGUUGUUGUUGUUGUACUAUGUAUCUUGUGAAUACCAGGUAGCACUUCUAAAAGUUCAAAAGCAGUCCAACAAUUUUUUAAACUGUAAUCUAACUUAGACUUAUACUUGGAUUUAGUUCCAGUGUCCAAGAAAGGAACUGGAAGAAAAAGAGUAUCUUCACAAAUAUCAGUUGAGUUAUUUCCUUGAAAUAAUUCCUUAUUGCUUCUAUUAUAUAGUUAACCUGGAGGUUGUAAAUGCCUUAAGAACCUUAUUUAUUCUUUAUAAUGGUAUGUUUCUUGCUGCUGUGUUGAGAAGAA